AUGACGGACCCAGACCUCAACAAUAAGCUCGAUAGACUACUCACUCUAUUGGAAGCACAGCUAGAGCUUACCAGACAGGGUCAUCGAGAGGAACGAUUACAACGAGCUCAACUGAGCAGGGAGGAGACAAUGGACCUCUCUCACUCAGAAGACCAAGCAGGAGGAGGAGAUGAGUCUAUGAUAGGAGACCCACAUACUCCUACUCCAGCUCCACGACCAAGACGAUCAGUCUCAUUCAACCUGGAUGAGCAGGAGGACAUCAACUACGAGAAGUAUGCUUCACCUACUGGGCCAAGAUAUGUCAAGACUAAGCUGGACCCCUACAGCAGGACUAGGACGGACCCUUACCCCCUGGACCACGAGGAGGAUACCAGCAUCAUGGCAGAGCUUAACCGGUCAAAGCCCAUCGCCACCCCCUUUCCAAAGUUCAAUCCCCGAGACAUGGAGAUCUUCAUUCUAGAAGCCGAAGCAUGGUUUAAGUACAACCAGGUGUAUGAGCAGUCUAGGAUGAUCAAUCACAUGGGUGCUCAACUGGAAGGGACAGCAAGAGAGUGGUGGACCUCCAAGCUCCGUAUUGAUAGAGCUAGAGAAGGAAGGUUGUUCAAUGAUUGGCAUUACUUCACAGAGCGACUGUCAGAGCAGUUCAACCCACGCAAUGCUAGGAUGGAGGCAUACAACAAGCUGUUGGCUCUCAGACUCACAAGUGAUACUCCUGGUGCCGCCACACGUCAUGUAGAGCGGUUCAGAGACUUGGAAGGACAGGUCAACCUAGAUGACAACGAGCUAGUGAUUGAUCUCUUCAGAGGUAGUCUCACUCGCAGCAUACAGGAGAAGUUCGAGAGGAAUCCACCUGGGAAGAGAUGGGAGUGGUAUCGAGAGGUUGAGGAGAUCGAUCAACAGAGGAUGCUACUACAGCAGGUAAACCCUCUUAGCUCUCGACCCAUGGGACCAAAGGUUAUGGUCACCACAGCAGACCCCUUCGAGGAGGCCACUGACUCAGGGGAUGGCCACACAGGCAGCACUGAGACGGGUGACCCCGAGGCCAUGGACCUCAGCUCAUACCAGCAACCCAUGGACCCCGAUCACGAGGAGGAGCACAAUGAUGAUGACGACGAGGGAAACGUCAGCAAAGCAGUACUGGAGCUCUCUGGAAUGGUUCAAGACCAUCCUGCUCGGAUACUAGCUGAUACCGGUGCUGGUUUGUCCAUAGUCUCAGAUUCUUUCAUUAGUAGGUACCAAAUACCCACAAAACCCAUAAAAACAAGAUCGAUCCAUGGUGUCACCGGGCACCAACUCUCCAUCAAUAGUUCUGCGAGCAUGCAGGUAUCUAUUGGUACACACAAUCUGGGUGUGGUCGAAGCUUCAGUGGCCGACACUGCGGACUAUGACCUCAUCCUGGGGUUCACUGAGCUACGGAGGCUCAAACCCACCAUACAAUGGGAUACGGGCCAGCUGGAGUUCAAGACUCAGGAGCAGGACCGACCCCCUAGGAGACCCCCUGAAGCAGCAAGAGCAGGGGACCUAACCAUGAGGAGACCAACCCUUCAUGGUAACGAGUUUGUCUCAGCAGAGCGCAUACUACGAGCAGCUCUGGAAGAUGGACCCAUAGGGUUCAUGCUGUUAGAGGAGCCACCAUCAUCACUCCCAGCCUUUGGUUUUGUACCUACAGGCGCAGACAAAGGAGUCGAGAUGGAGGUGGAGGUAGAUAAGGUGGUGACGGCUGCAGACAUACCAAAGCCAUACCAACACCUGCGAGAUGUGUUUGAUGAGGUGGAAGCAGACAAGCUGCCCCAUCAUACCGAGCAUGAUCUCCACCUCGAGUUGAUAGAAGGAGGGAAGCCACCUCAAGGGCCCCUAUACCUUAAGGGACCCAAGGAGAUGUCCGAGUUGAGGAGGUACUUGGAUGAGAACCUCGAGAAGGGGUUCAUAAGACCAUCGAAGAGCCCGGCACGAUCACCGGUGCUCUUCGUACCAAAGAAGGAUGGAGGUCUCAGACUCUGUGUGGACUACAGAGGUCUCAACGAGAUCACUGUCAAGAACAGGGCACCAUUGCCCCUCAUCGAGGAGCAGCUGUUCUUACUCAGGAAGGCAAGGAUCUAUACCAAGCUAGACCUUAGAGCAGCAUACAACCUCAUCCGGAUUGCUAAAGGAGAUGAAUGGAAGACAGCUUUUGGCACUCAGUUGGGACUCUAUGAGUACCUAGUGAUGCCCUUUGGCCUAGCCAAUGCUCCGGCUCACUUCCAUGACACUGAAGAAGCACAUGUGAAGCAUGUCACUGAGGUCCUCACUCGCUUAAGGAGCAACAGGCUCUUUGCUAAGCUGUCAAAGUGUGAGUUCCACACCAAGACAGUUGAGUUCCUGGGGUACAUCAUCAAGCCAACGGGCAUAGAGAUGGACCCAGAAAAGGUGUGCACUGUCAAGGAGUGGCCAAUGCCGGAGUCAAUCCAUGACAUCCAGAGGUUCCUGGGUUUUGCCAACUUCUAUCGAAGGUUCAUAGCCCACUUUGCUCGCAUAGCCAAGCCCUUGACAGCACUGGUAAAGCCUAUAGAACGGUUCAAGAAGUUUGAGCUACCAGAGGAGGCCCAACAGGCCUUCCACAAGCUCAUCCAGGCCUUCACAUCAGCAGGAGUGCUUCAGCACUUCGACUACCACCUUCCAACAAGGUUGGAGACUGAUGCAAGUGACUUUGCUAUAGCAGGAGUACUCAAGCAGGAGCAUGAAGGACGAUGGCAUCCAGUGGCCUUUUACUCUAGGAAGAUGUCUUCUGCCGAGAAGAACUAUGAGAUCCAUGAUAAGGAGCUCCUAGCUGUGGUCGCCUGCCUCACUCAGUGGCGACACAUGCUAGCUGGACUACCGAACCAACUGGUCAUCCUCACUGACCAUGAAGCCCUCAAGUACUUCAAGUCACAGAGACGCAUCACAGGUCGACAAGCUCGAUGGGCAAUACUACUAGCAGACUUCGACUUCAUAUUGCAGUAUCGACCAGGAGACAAAGGUGGUGAACCCGAUGCUCUCACCAGAAGGACAGACAUGCAACCAGCCGGUGAAGAGCAGGAUCACAAUGUGAGGCAACUACUGCCUCCUCGAGUGUUCAAGGAGACAGCAGACCAUGACUCGCUCCUAGUGGCCCCCAUGAUCUCGAUGGAGUCCAUAGCAUCAAAAGGUCUCAAAGACCUGGUCAAGAUCUUCCAGCCUUUAGACCAAGAGCUACAGGAGAUACAUAGGAAGAAGCCUUUCGAACUCAAGGAUGACCUAUGGUACAGUGGAGGAAGGUUGGUUAUCCCCAAGGUGAUCAUGCCAGGGAGGACCAACAACCGACACUCAAGGAGUGCCAAAGAGGUAGAUGGACAGUCUCUCUCUGUAGAGCAUCUGCGAUUCAUGGUGAUGACCCAAUGCCAUGAUGGUAUCACUGCUGGACACGUAGGAAGAGAUGCUACCAUCAAGGCAGCUCAACGACAUUACUGGUGGCCAAACAUGACAGCUUGGAUUGCAGACUAUGUAGCAAGUUGUCCUGUAUGUGCUAGGUACAAAGCUCCUCGUCAUCGUCCAUAUGGUUUGCUACAGCCACUAGCAACCCCAGACAGGCCCUGGGGCUCCAUAUCCCUCGACUUCAUCGAAGGACUACCAACAUCGAAGAAGUAUGACUCCAAGACCUAUGACUCUAUCUUAGUCAUUGUCGACAGGCUAACCAAGUUUGCCAUACUAGCUCCAACCCAUAAGACAGUCACGGCCAAACAGACUGCAGUAUUGCUAUAUGGACACAUGGUUAGACUCUUUGGAUAUCCAGAUCACAUGGUCUCGGACCGAGGCAGGCAGUUCAUAUCAGGAGCAUGGAAGGCAUUUGCAGAGCAAAUGGGUGUGAAGCACUCACUUAGCACGGCUUACCAUCCUCAAACUGAUGGUCAGACAGAGAGAGUCAAUCAGGUCAUAGAGCAAUAUCUCAGGAUGUACUGCAACUAUGAGCAGAAUGACUGGGCCAACCUGCUGGACACUGCGGCCUUUGUAUACAACAACACGGUCCACAACAGCAUUGGUGUCUCACCAUUCUUUGCAUGCUAUGGAUGGAACCCCAAAGCUCAUCCUGACAUCCCUCAACGACUAGGAGUCAAUGAUCCAGGUCGCUUCAAGUACCUCAUGGAUGGAAAGGAGCGUUGCAAGUACCUCCAGGAGCAGAUCAGAGAGGCACAACGUAGAUCAGUAGACCAGUAUAACAGGAAGCACAAGGACAUUGAGUUUAAGGUGGGUGAUAUGGUCUAUAUCAACCGCCGAAACUGGAAGACACGGAGACCCACACCCAAGUUGGAUACCCGGUUUGCAGGACCCUACCCAGUUCAGGAACGGGUAGGACGCCGAGCUUACCGAAUCACAUUGCCAGCAAACCUUAGGGUGCAUGAUGUGUUCCAUGUCUCCAUGCUCGAGCCAGCAAGAACAAGUUCUCUUCCUCAACGUGCUGAACAGCCCACCAUGCCACCACUUCCAGAUGAGGACCUCGACUUCGAAGUCGAAGCACUCAUCGACAAGCGUUCACACAAUGGGACUACAGAGUACAAGGUGUUGUGGAGAGGGUACUCAGAAGAAGCUGCUUCAUGGGAACCAGUAGAGAACCUCAACUGUCCCGACCUCAUUCAGGAGUAUGAGGUGUCGGAGGGGGGACGAGUGAGUAGACAAAGUAGAGAAAGGAGGAGAGAACAGGAGGAGUAG